AUGACCACCCCCCGCUUCUCCCCCACCGACGUAACAGUCGUCUUCUUCCUGGGCGGCCCAGGAAGCGGCAAAGGCACCCAAUCCGCCAACCUAGUCUCAUCCUACGGCUUCGUGCACCUGUCCGCAGGGGAUCUGCUUCGUGCCGAACAAGAGCGCACAGGAAGCCAAUACGGUGACAUGAUCCGGGAAUACAUCCGGGAAGGCAAGAUUGUGCCCAUGGAAGUGACUGUUGCACUUCUGUCGAAUGCCAUGGCCGAUUCACUGGCCUCUUCUCCUCCCCCUGCUGGCACCAAAGCCCGCUUCCUGAUUGAUGGGUUCCCCCGGAAAUUGGACCAGGCUCACUUCUUCGAGGACACUGUUUGUCCCUCGGAGCUGGUGCUGUUCCUUGAUUGUCCUGAGGAUGUUAUGGAGUCUAGACUGUUGAAGAGGGGUGAGACGAGUGGGCGGGCGGAUGAUAAUGCGGAGUCUAUUCGGAAGCGCUUUAGGACUUUCGUGGAGACUUCUAUGCCUGUUGUUGAGUACUUCCGGAAGAAGGAUCGGGUUGUGGAGGUUCGGGCGGAUAUUCCUAUUGAGGAGGUCUUUGCUAAGGUUCAGGCUGGGAUUGAGGCUCGUAACAUUCACCGUCGUUAG